AUAAAAAAAGAUGCAAUUAUCUCUAACUAAUAUAAAUUCUCACUAUAAAAAAUUAUUUCAACCCUUUAUAAAUAAAAAUAAUUUAAAAUUUUUACAAAACCAACAAUAUAUUUUCAAUAACAUUAUUAAUAAAAAUGAUAUAAAUAAAAAAUAUUUUUCAUCGUAUUAUGAAUAUGAUAAUAGUAAUAGCACAGGUUUUGGCUAUGAUUUUAAUAUAGAAAUACCAAUACCAUCCGCUUCAUUAUCAACUACAACAAAUGUAUCAACACAACAAAACCAUAACAAUAAUAUAAUUAAUAAUCAUGUAAAUACUAAAUCCAAUAUAAUAUCACCAAUAAUACUCGAAAAACUUCCAAAGAAAAUUAAAAUAUCAAGAAAUAAAAAAAUUGAAAAUAUUAUAAAUAAUAAUAAUAAUAAUAAUAAUGAUAAUGAUAAUAAUAAUAAUAAUAAUAAUAAUGAUAACAAUAAUAACAGUAAUAUAAAUAAAAUUAAUCAAAACUUAAAAAAUGAAAAAAUAAAUGUAAAUAAUAGUGUAAAUAAUGAAACCAAACCAACUACAAAUAAAAAAACCAAAUCUAAUAAGAAUGAAACUGAUGAUUUAUUAGAAAUAGAAGAUUUUAAACUUACAGAUGAACAAGAAAAAAUAGUAGAUUUAAUUGUAAAUGGUGGUAAAAAUGUAUUUUUUACAGGUAGUGCUGGAACUGGGAAAAGCUUUAUCCUUCAACGUUUAGUAUUGGAACUUAGAAAAAAAUACCCAAAAUCAGUAUUUAUUACUGCUGCAACAGGCAUUGCUGAAAAUUUAAAAAUAAAAUUAUGA